UUUAUUUAUGUUAUAUGCAUAACGACCCUGGAUUUAAUUCAUGGUUUUUAAUAGAUUUUAGAAGAAGGGGUUGUAUUGAAGAUUGAAUUGAGGUGAAGUAGAGAGCUAAGUGAUUGAAGUGUGGUGACCUUACGUGUGGGGAUUCUUAAAUAUUGAUUGAUUUCUUCCAUUUGCUUUGAAUUGCGUUACUUGUUUUGGUCCCAUCGUUUCACUGUUAUCGUUAUUCAAUCAAGGAAAGCUUUGGAUUCAUUGCAAUGGCUACUCCACCACAAGCUUCUCCUUCACCUAAUCCUGCUAAACGUCCAAUUACCGCUGCUCCGACAACCUCACCUGGAUAUGAGCGCUACCCCGGCCCUCCUGUAUUUCUAUCGACAAUCCGGCCUGCUGCCAUGCCUUUCCGAGCCUCUCAUUCAGCUCCUCAGCCACUGGCUUUCUCAUCAGGUUCGUGUUUGCCCACAUCCUCCCCCCCCGGUUUUUCAAAUGGAUCAGUUGAACUUCACCAGCAACUUUCCAGUGCAAUGGACGAAUCGAUGCCCGCUGGAGUCACCAUGCGUUUAUUCUCAGUUCAUAAGUGCUGCUGUCGCAGUAUAAAUUCUGAAGCUGUUGGAGCAGUAAUCAAACUUUUAUAGCUCGAGGAACUUUAACAAUGGCC